UCAAACAUGGCCACACGAGGCGUGAAAUUAGUAACAGCCCUUAUGAAUUUCCAUGGUCAAACAGUAGAUAUACUGUAUAAUUGAGGAUGAUCCAUUUGCACACUGACACUCAGGCAUAGACAUAGACAGCCCUGGCGUGGCUGCAGACGGGUCUAUGUGGGUCUGGCUCUCUGUCAAGAAGCCGGUGUGGGGAGGCUCCCUGUCCCAUCAUGCAACAGGACAUAAGAGGCCAGCCUGUACUGUGGCAUAAGGAAUCAGUGUUCCCUAAAAACCAAUACUCACCACUCUCCACCUCUCAGACACCACUCUGGCUCUACAGUGUACAUUUGGAUAUGAUUAUGUAAUAAAAGUGAAAGCAGUAAUACCCUCUUUAGGCGCACUUUCUUCUCCCCAGAGCCUAAUUGGUCGACCGGCCGCCUCUGGUGCCAGUGCACUUGGGUCAGUGGUGGCCAUCUUGGUUUUCCUGGGAAGAAACCAGGGCCUUGUUCCUAGUAUAUGGUUUACAAGGAAAGAGAACUAGAGGAAAUCUGGGGUGAAUAGGUUUGUGUAAAGAACGCAGCGGCAUGUCAUUUAGCCCCGGUUUCCAUGGUGAGCCGUUUAGAACAUUUAGAACCAUCAGAGAGGGAUGUAAGCUUCGGGAAAAAAGUUGGAUAAACUCUGUGUGUGUCGUUGUUUGUCCUGACUAAAUUAGCCACAUAGUCAAUGGUAAAAAAGGAAACGUGUCCAGUUGGAGACUUACAGUGAGCUUCGAAAGUAUUGGGACAGUGAACAUUUAGUUGUUGUUUUGGCUCUGUACUCCAGCACUUUGGGUUUGAAAUGAUACAAUCACUAUAAGGUUAAUGUGCAGACUGUGAGCUUUAAUUUGAGGGUGUUUUCAUCCAUUUCGGGUGAACCGUUUAGAAAUUGGGACAAAUUAACUUAUGUGUACUAAAGUAGUCAAAAGUUUAGUAUUUACAUUUUACAUUUUAGUCAUUUAGCAGACGCUCUUAUCCAGAGCGACUUACAGGAGCAAUUAGGGUUAAGUGCAUUGCUUAAGAGCACAUCGACAGAUUUUUCACCUAGUCGGCUAUUUGGUCCAAUAUUCCUAGCAUGCAAAGAUUACAUCAAGCUUGUGACUCUACAAACUUGUUGGAUGCAUUUUCUGUUUGUUUUGGUUGUGUUUCAGAUUAUUAUUUUGUGCCCAAUAGAAAUGAAUGGUAAAUAAUGUAGUGUCAUUUUGGGGUCACUUUUAUUGUAAAUAACAAUAGAAAAUAUAUCUAAACACUUCUACAUUAGUGUGGAUGCUACCAUGAUUACGGAUAAUCCUGAAUGAAUCGUGAAUAAUGAUGAGUGAGAAAGUUAGACGCACAAAUAUCAUACCCCUAAGACAUGCUAACCCCUUCACCAUUACAACAGGGGAGGUUCCGUUUUGGGGUGGGAGGGAUGAUAUGUAUGCCUCUGUAACUUUCUCACUCAUUAUUCAUAGUGAUUUACAAUGUGAUACAAAUGUGUGUUCCUGUAUAGCUAAGCUACGUGUAGCUAAGCUAGCUAUAACAGCUCCAACUUUCACUCUAGUCUCAGUGUAUGAUUAAAACAUCACUUUUGAUCCACUGUUUUGUCGCCUGGCAAAAUAUUUAAAAAUAUAUCAAUGAACUGUGCCUUUAACUGCCUACCUGUAACUCUACAUAUAUCAUUCACCAGUCUAUUCCCAUAAUUCAGUUCAAGAGAUGAUUUCCAGUACGUCCAGUUUGCAGACAUCCCAAUAAGUUGGCAUAGCAACAUUAUGGGGGCCAUAAAUUGAGGUAUAAAUUGCAUAAACACAUACACUACCGUUCAAAAGUUUGGGGUCACUUAGAAAUGUCCUUGUUUUCGAAAGAAAAGCUAUUUUUUAUCCAUUAAAAUAACAUCAAAUUGAUCAGAAAUACAGUGUAGACAUUGUUAAUGUUGUAAAUGGCUAUUGUAGCUGGAAACGGCUGAUUUUUUAUGGAAUAUCUACAUAGGCGUACAGAGGCCCAUUAUCAGCAACCAUCAGUCCUGUGUUCCAAUGGCACGUUGUGUUUGCUAAUCCAGGUUUGUCAUUUUAAAAGGCUAAUUGAUCAUUAGAAAACCCUUUUGAAAUUAUGUUAGCACAGCUGAAAACUGUUGUGCUGAUUAAAGAAGCAAUAAAACUGGCCUUCUUGAGACUAGUUGAGUAUCUGGAGCAUCAGCAAUUGUGGGUUCGAUUACAGGCUCAAAAUGGCCAGAAACAAAUAACUUUCUUCUGAAACUCGUCAGUCUAUUCUUGUUCUGAGAAAUGAAGGCUAUUCCAUGCGAGAAAUUGCCAAGAAACUGAAGAUCUGGUACAACGCUGUGUACUACUCCCUUCACAGAACAGCGCAAACUGGCUCUAACCAGAAUAGAAAGAGGAGUGGGAGGCCCCGGUGCACAACUGAGCAAGAGGACAAAUAUAUUAGUGUGUCUAGUUUGAGAAACAGGCACCUCACAGGUCCUCAACUGGCAGCUUCAUUAAAUAGUACCCGCAAAACACCAGUCUCAACGUCAACAGUGAAGAGGCAACUCCGGGAUGCUGACCUUCUAGGCAGAGUUGCAAAGAAAAUGCCACAUCUCAGACUGCCCAUCUUAAUAUUUUAUUUUUAUUGGUCAGUCUGAGAUAUGGCUUUUUCUUUGCAACUCUGCCUAGAAGGUCAGCAUCCCGGUGUAGCCUCUUCACCGUUGACUCUAAGACUGGUGUUUUAGGGGUACUAUUUAAUUAACCUGGACCUGUGAGGCGUCUGUUUCUCAAACUAGACAUUAAUGUAUUUGUCAUCUUGCUCAGUUGUGCACCGGGGCCUCCCACUCCUCUUUCUAUUCUGGUUAGAGCCAGUUUGCGCUGUUCUGUGAAGGGAGUAGUACACAGCGUUGUACCAGAUCUUCAGUUUCUUGGCAAUUUCUCGCAUGGAAUAGCAUUCAUUUCUCAGAACAAGAAUAGACUGACGAGUUUCUGGCCAUUUUGAGUCUGUAAUCGAAUCCAGAAUCGCUGAUGCUCCAGAUACUCAACUAGUCUCAAGAAGGCCAGUUUUAUUGCUUUUUUAUAAUAAUAAUAAUAAUCAGCACAACAGUUUUCAGCUGUGCUAACAUAAUUGCAAAAGGGUUUUCUAAUGAUUAAUUAGCCUUUUAAAAUGAUAAACCUGGAUUAGCAAACACAACGUGCCAUUGGAACACAGGACUGAUGGUUGCUGAUAAUGGGCCUCUGUACGCCUAUGUAGAUAUUCCAUAAAAAAAUCAGCCGUUUCCAGCUACAAUAGCCAUUUACAACAUUAACAAUGUCUACACUGUAUUUCUGAUCAAUUUGAUGUUAUUUUAAUGGACAAAAAAAUAGCUUUUCUUUCGAAAACAAGGACAUUUCUAAGUGACCCCAAACUUUGGAAUGGUAGCGUAUGUAGACUAUAUAUUUAGUGACUAGGCCCUGCCUUCCAUAAUACAGCCAUUCAUUUCUAUGGAGGGCUGUAAAAAAAAAAAGAAGCAGUCUUUUCCCCUGACAGACAGUGAGAGGCUGUGUCAACAGAGCCCUGAGCGGAGGAGAGGAGAUUGAAGGCUGAGUGAAAGGAGCCAUUAUGUUUAGCCCUGUGGUCCCACGUCAUGAUGGAGGAGAGUGAUGAGUAGAAGCAUUAACGCCAGGGGAGGGACUAUUACAGUGCAGCAUACAGCUAAACCCCAUAUAGAUGACUGGAGAGUUUGGAUAAUCCCCUGCGGCUCAUUGCUGUCUCCAAGUGACAGCGCCAUCUGUUGGUUGUGGAGAUUAACUGCAGGAGUGAAUGGCAGGAAUCCAUCAAUGAGAAUUCAUUUAUCCCACCUUCUUAAAAUGAAGUCUGGAGUUUGUGUGCUUGUAUUUGUGUGUUACUGUUAAUGUCCGUUGGAAAUAUUGUAAUGUUCUCUUUCUCUUUAUCAGACCAGGGUUCAAAUUAUAUUUAUAUUGUAUUUCAAUUACUUUCAAAUACAUUUUGAAGGGUUCGAUCCCAGGCUGUGUCACAACCGGCCGUGACCGGGAGUCCCAUAGGGCGGCGCACAAUUGGCCCAGCGUCGUCCGGGUUAGGGGAGGGUUUGGCCGGGGGGGCUUUACUUGGAUCAUCGCACUCUAGCGACUCCUUGUUGCGGGCUGGGCGCCUUCAGGCUGACUUCGGUCGUCAGUUGAACGGUGUUUCCGCGACACAUUGGUGCAGCUGGCUUCCGGGUUAAGCGGGCGGGUGUUAAGAAGCGCGGUUUGGCGGGUCAUGUUUCUGAGGACGCAUGACUCGACCUUCAUCUCUCCCGAGCAUAUUGGGGAGUUGCAGCUAUGAGACAAGAUCGUAAUUGGAUAUCACGAAAUUGGGUAAAAAAAUAAAAAGUACAAGUAGUUGAAUAUUGAAUUGUAUUUGGAAAUACACUUGGAAAGUCUUGGCAUGUAUUUUAAAAUACAAAUAUUGAAAUAUUGAAAUACUUGAACCCAGGUCUGUUUGGUCCUAGGGGUAUUUGAAAUGUAUUUGGAAACAACUAUUUCAAAAAAGUUGUAAAUAGUAUUUAUAGGAAAUUAUUUGAAAAUACUUUUAUAUAUAAUAUAAGUAGUUGAUUUGGCCACAUUAUUUAAAAAUACUCAAAUACACAGAAAACAAGUAUUUCAAAUACAAAUACUUUUAACAUAUGUCUGCUCUUUAUUAAUAUAUGAAUAUACUUACCAAUAAACAGUACUAUAUUGUGAUACGUCUGUGUCAUCCUUGUGGGUUUGUUGAAUUAGGACUACUAAAUUAAUAAUGAAAUACUAAUGAUUUUUUUUAUCAAACAUUAUAAUGCGCUUGUAAUGUAAGCAUUCUGACGUAGUCAAACAGAGUAACUAAUGCCAGAUGACGGGACUGUAAUGUAUGAACCGAGCCUUGUGACAAUAUUUCUGGCUCAGGGAGUCUUAUUUGAGAAUCCCUAUUUCAGGUGUGAAUGCAGCCUCAUUCAGAGGGGUGUUUCAAAAUCAUGAAGGUAUUUUGGAGUGUCAUAAAUCAGCCUUUAUAAAAGUACACCAGGGUCUGUCUGUCUGCCUGUCUGUGAGUGUGUGUGUGUGUGUGUGAGUGUGUGUGUGUGUGAGCAUGUGUGAGUGUGUGUGUGCGUGUGUGCACGUGCAUGCACACGUAUAUGUACACAGUAUAACCGUUUGUUUUAAGUUUUAAUGUCACGUGCACAAGUACAGUGAAACGCCUUUCGUGCAAGCUCUAAAACCAACAAUGCAGUAAUCAAUAACAAUGUAAUACUAAAAAUAACAAGGUAGAACAAAAACUAGGAGAACACGAGAAAGUAAGUAAGCAUAUACAGGGUCAGUGCCAGUACCAUAUUAACAAUGUGCAGGGAUACUGGAGUGAUGGAGGUAGAUACUGAAUAGGGGUAAGGUGACUAUAUACAGGGUCAGUGCCAGUACCAUAUUAACAAUGUGCACGGAUACUGGAGUGAUGGAGGUAGAGAUGCAUAGGGGUAAGGUGACUAGGCAUCAGGAUAUAACAUAAACAGGGUAGCAGCAGUGUAUAUGAUGAUUGUAUGUGAGUGGGUGUGUGUAGAGUCAGUAUAAAUGUCUGUGCAUAUUAUGUGUGUGUGAGAAAAUGAUGGAGUGAGUGUUUAAGGCCCUGUGAGUGGACCCUGUGAGUGGACCCUGUGAGUGGACCCUGUGAGUGUGCAUAGAGACAGUGCUAAAAUAAAAUAAAAUAUGAGGGUCAACUCAGAUAGUCCGUGUAGCCAUUUUGUAGAAGGUGAGUCAACACACCUUCUGAAAUGGUCACAUCAGCACUUUUCCACGGACUUCAAAUGUUUCACCCUAAAGAAAAACCACUGUAAGUUAUCCAUGUUGAUCCCAUAGAAACUGCAAUCACCAGCAAUUCCCAACGUGUUUCCUGCUAUCAGUGUAUAUAUGGCCCUAUUCUGAUAUUUUGAGUCGUGGUAAAGAGAGAGAGAAAACUCACAGACCUGUGUUUACACCUCAGAGGCAGAAACAUCUCUCUCACAGAGAGAAGGUAUGUAAUACUUGCAGAGGCUGCUCAGAAUCAGAGCUUUAUUCAUUGGUACUCAUGAGAGGGGACAUGAUGCUGGUCUCUCUCCAUAGUAAGCUGAGAGGGGACAUGAUGCUGGUCUCUCUCCAUAGUAAGCUGAGAGGGGACAUGAUGCUGGUCUCUCUCUCUCCAUAGUAAGCUGAGAGGGGACAUGAUGCUGGUCUCUCUCUCUCCAUAGUAAGCUGAGAGGGGACAUGAUGCUGGUCUCUCUCCAUAGUAAGCUGAGAGGGGACAUGAUGCUGGUCUCUCUCCAUAGUAAGCUGAGAGGGGACAUGAUGCUGGUCUCUCUCUCUCCAUAGUAAGCUGAGAGGGGGCAUGAUGCUGGUCUCUCUCUCCAUAGUAAGCUGAGAGGGGACAUGAUGCUGGUCUCUCUCUCCAUAGUAAGCUGAGAGGGGGCAUGAUGCUGGUCUCUCUCUCUCUCCAUAGUAAGCUGAGAGGGGACAUGAUGCUGGUCUCUCUCUCUCUCCAUAGUAAGCUGAGAGGGGACAUGAUGCUGGUCUCUCUCUCUCUCCAUAGUAAGCUGAGAGGGGACAUGAUGCUGGUCUCUCUCUCUCUCCAUUGUAAGCUGAGAGGGGACAUGAUGCUGGUCUCUCUCCAUAGUAAGCUGAGAGGGGACAUGAUGCUGGUCUCUCUCCAUAGUAAGCUGAGAGGGGACAUGAUGCUGGUCUCUCUCCAUUGUAAGCUGAGAGGGGACAUGAUGCUGGUCUCUCUCCAUAGUAAGCUGAGAGGGGACAUGAUGCUGGUCUCUCUCUCUCCAUAGUAAGCUUCAACAAAUUGAGCUGUACCGUAUAUUCUGCCAUGGGAAACAGCAGACUGAGAAUAACACGUCGCUAGCAAAAGGGGAGUAAUUUAUCAAUUUAUAGUUGGUUUUGUCAGUCAUUACUUCAGUGUCCUCAUCCAUUCACGGCCCUUCCAUAAAAACACUACUAAACACCAUGUCUGGUUCUGAACACUCCCUCCCUAAAUGAAGUGACCCAGUACAACUCUAUGCCACCGCACUAUAUUAUUGGCAUCAGCCUUUUUGCCCCAGACAAGAAUACAGUGGGGGAAAAAAGUAUUUAGUCAGCCACCAAUUGUGCAAGUUCUUCCACCUAAAAAGAUGAGAGAGGCCUGUAAUUUUCAUCAUAGGUACACGUCAACUAUGACAGACAAAAUGAGAAAAAAAAAUCCAGAAAAUCACAUUGUAGGAUUUUUUAUGAAUUUAUUUGCAAAUUAUGGUGGAAAAUAAGUAUUUGGUCAAUAACAAAAGUUUCUCAAUACUUUGUUAUAUACCCUUUGUUGGCAAUGACACAGGUCAAACGUUUUCUGUAAGUCUUCACAAGGUUUUCACACACUGUUGCUGGUAUUUUGGCCCAUUCCUCCAUGCAGAUCUCCUCUAGAGCAGUGAUGUUUUGGGGCUGUCGCUGGGCAACACGGACUUUCAACUCCCUCCAAAGAUUUUCUAUGGGGUUGAGAUCUGGUGACUGGCUAGGCCACUCCAGGACCUUGAAAUGCUUCUUACGAAGCCACUCCUUCGUUGCCCGGGCGGUGUGUUUGGGAUCAUUGUCAUACUGAAAGACCCAGCCACGUUUCAUCUUCAAUGCCCUUGCUGAUGGAAGGAGGUUUUCACUCAAAAUCUCACGAUACAUGGCCCCAUUCAUUAUUUCCUUUACACGGAUCAGUCGUCCUGGUCCCUUUGCAGAAAAAACAGCCCCAAAGCAUGAUGUUUCCACCCCCAUGCUUCACAGUAGGUAUGGUGUUCUUUGGAUGCAACUCAGCAUUCUUUGUCCUCCAAACACGACGAGUUGAGUUUUUACCAAAAAGUUAUAUUUUGGUUUCAUCUGACCAUAUGACAUUCUCCCAAUCCUCUUCUGGAUCAUCCAAAUGCACUCUAGCAAACUUCAGACGGGCCUGGACAUGUACUGGUUUAAGCAGGUGGACACGUCUGGCACUGCAGGAUUUGAGUCCCUGGCGGCGUAGUGUGUUACUGAUGGUAGGCUUUGUUACUUUGGUCCCAGCUCUCUGCAGGUCAUUCACUAGGUCCCCCCGUGUGGUUCUGGGAUUUUUGCUCACCGUUCUUGUGAUCAUUUUGACCCCACGGGGUGAGAUCUUGCGUGGAGCCCCAGAUCGAGGGAGAUUAUCAGUGGUCUUGUAUGUCUUCCAUUUCCUAAUAAUUGCUCCCACAGUUGAUUUCUUCAAACCAAGCUGCUUACCUAUUGCAGAUUCAGUCUUCCCAGCCUGGUGCAGGUCUACAAUUUUGUUUCUGGUGUCCUUUGACGGCUCUUUGGUCUUGACCAUAGUGGAGUUUGGAGUGUGACUGUUUGAGGUUGAGGACAGGUGUCUUUUAUACUGAUAACAAGUUCAAACAGGUGCCAUUAAUACAGGUAACGAGUGGAGGACAGAGGAGCCUCUUAAAGAAGAAGUUACAGGUCUGUGAGAGCCAGAAAUCUUGCUUGUUUGUAGGUGACCAAAUACUUAUUUUCCACCAUAAUUUGCAAAUAAAUUCAUUAAAAAUCCUACAAUGUGAUUUUCUGGAUUUUUUUUCUCUCAAUUUGUCUGUCAUAGUUGAUGUGUACCUAUGAUGAAAAUUACAGGCCUCUCUCAUCUUUUUAAGUGGGAGAACUUGCACAAUUGGUGGCUGACUAAAUACUUUUUUCCCCCACUGUACUUCAUUGUCCAGGGAGUGCGUGUUUCAGUUUUCUUACUCCAUAAAACAUAGUCACUCGUUAGGUCUGACAUGAUUGUGUGUGUAAUAAUAUUAGCAGAGCUCAACAUGUCAACGGUUGUCAUGGUAUUAAUGAUUAUUAAUGGAGAGAACAAAAUGGAGGAGGGGGGAGGGGGGUGAAAAUAAGGAGAAAAUGAAAAUUAGAACAUUUUUCUUUGGUUAAGUUUUUAUAGUAUUUAAAAGGCUACUGUGCAGUACAUCAGAGGUAAGAACACAAUCAGUAGUGCCACCUCUGUACAAACCAUACAGGCAGAGUAACGAUUCGGGUUUGAAUCCAACUAAGACACCUUUCCCUAAUCUCUAACCAAAGUUAGAUUUCCUUUUUUCUAUUUUCCCAAACACGCCCUUUUACACACACACACACACACACACACACACACACACACACACACACACCUUUCCUCUAUCCUAUUCUUUAAUUAUUUUACUGGAAACAUGGAUUCAGUAUGCCCAAAGUUGGGUAUUUAAUGAGUAAUUCAUUAAGCAAUAAGGCCCGAGGAGGUGUGGUAUAUGGCCAAUAUACCACGGCUAAGGGCUGUUCUUACACACAACGCAGAGUGCCUGGACACAGCCCUUAGUCGUGGUAUAUUGGCAAAAUACCACAAACCCCCGAGGUGCCUUAUUGCUAUUAUAAACUGGUUACCAAUGUAAUUAGAGCAGUAAAAAUAAAUGUUUUGUCAUACAGCCCUUCAGCCAAUCAGCAUUCAGAGCUCGAACUACCCAGUUAAUCAUUUAGAAUAAUAUUGUGCCACAUUAUUUAUCUUGUCCUAUACGGUUAGAGUGUUUUCCACUGAGAUGGGAAGGAGCCUGGGUUCUGUCUAACUGCAGAUGGAUUGGGAACUGUACUGUUUUGAUAUACCAUAAACAAAAAGCAAACUGUAGCGUGACCUACAUGACCCAGACACAAAAACAACUAGUUUCCUGUUCUUGACAAUGAAGCACAGUUCAGUAAGUUGUCACUUUGCACAUACUCAGCAGUCUGAACGCAGUGUGGGGACUGACGGCCAUAACUCACUCACUUUAAUACUGGAAAGAAACCAACCUACGUUGGCCUGUCAAAUGGCUGAGGGCAAAAGGUGGAAAAUUCCAUCCUCCAAUGGCAGUAGACCAUGCUGAUACAGAGAUGACAUCAUCCAAUGUUUGUUUAAAAAGGGCUGACCAUCCAUCCAGUGUUGGUUUGGAAAGGGAUGACAUCAUCCAGUGUUUGUUUAGAAAGGGGUGACAUCAUCCAGUGUUGCUUUGGAAAGGGAUGACAUCAUCCAGUGUUGCUUUGGAAAGGGAUGACAUCAUCCAGUGUUUGUUUAGAAAGGGGUGACAUCAUCCAGUGUUGCUUUGGAAAGGGAUGACAUCAUCCAGUGUUUGUUUAGAAAGGGGUGACAUCAUCCAGUGUUGCUUUGGAAAGGGAUGACAUCAUCCAGUGUUUGUUUGGAAAGGGAUGACAUCAGUGUUGGUUUGGAAAGGGAUGACAUCAUCCAGUGUUGGUUUGGAAAGGGAUGACAUCAUCCAGUGUUGGUUUGGAAAGGGAUGACAUCAUCCAGUGUUGGUUUGGAAAGGGAUGACAUCAUCCAGUGUUGGUUUGGAAAGGGAUGACAUCAUCCAGUGUUGGUUUGGAAAGGGAUGACAUCAUCCAGUGUUGGUUUGGAAAGGGGUGACAUCAUCCAGUGUUGCUUUGGAAAGGGAUGACAUCAUCCAGUGUUUGUUUAGAAAGGGAUGACAUCAUCCAGUGUUUGUUUGGAAAGGGAUGACAUCAUCCAAAACCUGUUGGUUUUUGUAUUUACUAUAUCAGCUUGUUUUCAGUGGCUUUGUAUGAUCAAAUCAAAUCAAAUGUUAUUCUUCACCUGCUUCGUAAACAACAGGUGCAGACUAACAGUGAAAUGCUUACUUACGGGCCCUUCCCAACAAUGCAGAGAGAAAGAAAAUAGAGAAAUAAUAAAAGUAAUAAUAAAUACACAAUGAGUAGUGUAUGAGUAGAUGGGAUCUCUACAAUGUGUACUCCUCCUUGACUCUUCUAUUUUCUCUCACAGUGAGUAAUCAAUCUGUCUUACAGUAUAUACACAUAUACAUAUAUAUAUACACAUACAUAUAUAUAUAUACAUACAUAUAUACAUAUAUAUACAUAUACAUUACAUUCACAGUACCAUAAGUACCAAACACUUUUUUGCAGUUCAAUAAAGCAAUGAUAUAGCCUACUGUAGCUGACUAUUGGAUGAGUGCUGGAUGCCAUGGCCCCAUUCAACAUGUAAGGCAUAUUUCUGUUAAUAGGACAGAGGAAAGGUGAAUGUGUGUGUGUGUGUCUGUGUGUGUGCGUGCGUGUUUCAGAACGAGUAGACAGUGUUGAGAAGACGUCUCACCCGCACCCCAAACACAUCUAAUAUGUUGCGUCAAAACAAGCUGAUGUACAGUACCAUGCCGUACAAACAGUCAGCUCCUAUUAUGCAAUAUCUACUUAUCGGUCCGUUCAGUCCCCUUUGACUUUCCUCACAUAUAGUCAAGUCCACAAACCUGAAUAUGAAUGUUCACACUCUCCAAAGGGAUACACUCUUAUUGUAGAGGUAACUGGAAAUGUGUCCCAAGUGUACUGGUAUUGUAUUAGUAUAUAAUAAUUUCGUAUUAUUGUAAUGUUAUAAAAAGCACAGCUCAACACACCAAGACAAUACAUCAAUGUUCAUUCUGAGCCCCUCUCUCUCUCUCUCUUCUCUCUCUCUCUCUCUCUCUCUCUCUCUCUCUCCUCGCUCUCCUCUCUCUCUCUCUCUCUCCUCUCUCUCUCUCUCUCUCUCUCUCUCUCUCUCUCUCUCUCUCUCUCUCUCUCUCUCUCUCUCUCUCUCUCUCUCUCUCUCUCUCUCUCUCUCUCUCUCUGCUACUCUGUUUGAAUAAAGCUUCUUUCUACUGCCAACACAUCUGGGAGCAGCACAGAGACGGAACACAUAAGGAUUUGGCUGACAGGUUGGAGUCACGACGGUGCGUUACUACUUACUACAGGAGUGAAUAUACAGUAUCAAUCCAACAAGGGACAAGAAUACUACUACAAUUUGGUUCCUUGAUAACUUGAAGUUUAUCCUUGGCUUGGAGGAGAGUGGCAAGGUAAAGUCUAGUUUUCAGUAGCAUCGGUACUGGGCAGCUUCCUAAGUACAGUACUGCUCUAAGUACUGCUCUAAAUACUGCUCUAAGUACUGCUCUAAAUACUGCUCUAAGUACUGCUCUAAGUACUGCUCUAAGUACUGCUCUAAGCACAGCUCUAAGUACUGCUCUAAGUACUGCUCUAAGUACAGCUCUAAGUACUGCUCUAAGUACAGCUCUAAGUACUGCUCUAAGCACAGCUCUAAAUACUGCUCUAAGUACUGCUCUAAGUACAGCUCUAAGUACUGCUCUAAGCACAGCUCUAAGUACUGCUCUAAGUACUGCUCUAAGUACAGCUCUAAGUACUGCUCUAAAUACAGCUCUAAGUACUGCUCUAAGUACUGCUCUAAAUACUGCUCUAAGUACUGCUCUAAGUACUGCUCUAAGUACUGCUCUAAGUACUGCUCUAAGUACUGCUCUAAAUACUGCUCUAAGUACAGCUCUAAAUACUGCUCUAAGUACUGCUCUAAGCACAGUUCUAAGUACUACUCUAAGUACUGCUCCAAGUACUGCUCUGAGUACUGCUCUAAGUACUGCUCUAAGUACUGCUCUAAGUACUGCUCUAAGUACUGCUCUAACUCUAAGUAAAAUAAAUAUAAUAAAUAAUAUUAUAAAUAUUAAUUAUAAUUAACAAAAUAAUAAAAUAAGAACAUAGAGAGGAAUGAGACAGAACUGGUCCUCAGUAACACCUAUAAAAUAAGAACAUACAGGCAUUUUGAAAGGUUUAUCCUGAGCACUUUGGAAAACAUUUGUAUUCCUAUUGUUACUAUUUUCUUAAAAUCUUUAAAAUCUUUUAGACAGUAAAAAAAUGCAAAUAGUUGUUUUUAACUAAUGUUAAAAAAUAAUGUGUACAUAGCUUUUCAGAAUCCAAAGGUUCAAACUAUUUUCUGGAUGAUACGGCACAUGGCGAGGUUUUACACCUGACUUGAUUGACCCUGCUGUCACUCACAUAGUCAGUGUCAGAGCCACUGGCGAAAUACAAUAUCUUCUGUAUUUUCAGUGUGUAAAUGGAUAAAACUGAGGGGGCACAUGUCAUGUGGACACGUGCAUGACUAUGGGCAUAAUGCCACUGGUUAGUGUGUUCUCUGGUCAGCAUAUCAGCUGGAGUUAGAUGACAUGGUACUGUAUGGAUAACUGUUCUCUGGUCAGUUAAUCAGCUGCAGUUAGAGGACAUGGUACUGUAUGGAUAACUGUUCUCUGGUCAGUAUAUCAGCUGCAGUUAGAUGACAUGGUACUGUAUGGAUAACUGUUCUCUGGUCAGUAUAUCAGCUGCAGUUAGAUGACAUGGUACUGUAUGGAUAACUGUUCUCUGGUCAGUAUAUCAGCUGCAGUUAGAUGACAUGGUACUGUAUGGAUAACUGUUCUCUGGUCAGUAUAUCAGCUGCAGUUAGAUGACAUGGUACUGUAUGGAUAACUGUUCUCUGGUCAGUAUAUCAGCUGCAGUUAGAUGACAUGGUACUGUAUGGAUAACUGUUCUCUGGUCAGUUAAUCAGCUGCAGUUAGAGGACAUGGUACUGUAUGGAUAACUGUUCUCUGGUCAGUAUAUCAGCUGCAGUUAGAUGACAUGGUACUGUAUGGAUAACUGUUCUCUGGUCAGUAUAUCAGCUGGAGUUAGAUGACAUGGUACUGUAUGGAUAACUGUUCUCUGGUCAGUUAAUCAGCUGCAGUUAGAUGACAUGGUACUGUAUGGAUAACUGUUCUCUGGUCAGUAUGUCAGCUGCAGUUAGAUGACAUGGUACUGUACACUUGUAGUCCCUUUGCUAUCCAACACAGUCCUAUGUCAUUUCUGACUGAGAGGCAGAAGGCAGCCAAAUUGAAAUUAGACAGAGUAAUACGAUAAAUACAAUGAAGGAUUUGGAUCUUACUUUGAGAGGAUGUGUCACAAAGUUUUCUGUCUGAUUGAAUAUUUUCUGCUUUGAUUGAACAUUGAUUGGUUGAAUAGAAUUGUUAGCUGCAGUUUUCAGCAUGUAUCUGCUGUGGCCUUUGAACAGUUCUAGAAUGCACGGUGUCAUAGUUUGAACAGUUUUAGAAUGCACUGUGUCAUAGUUUGAACAGUUUUAGAAUGCACUGUGUCAUAGUUUGAACAGUUUUAGAAUGCACUGUGUCAUAGUUUGAACAGUUCUAGAAUGCACGGUGUCAUAGUUUGAACAGUUUUAGAAUGCACUGUGUCAUAGUUUGAACAGUUUUAGAAUGCACUGUGUCAUAGUUUGAACAGUUUUAGAAUGCACUGUGUCAUAGUUUGAACAGUUUUAGAAUGCACUGUGUCAUAGUUUGAACAGUUCUAGAAUGCACUGUGCCAUAGUUUGAACAGUUCUAGAAUGCACGGUGGUCAGGACUAUGGACAGCGUCUUCAUCCCUACCAUAAGAACAGAGACACAUUCCUGAAAGUGAUGCUUUGUUAAGACACAGCGUGAAUGAUCUAUUGUUCCUCACCAUGAAGUCAGAAAAUGUAGAUGCUACGGUAUACUGUAAACUGAACGUGUGUGUGUGUGCCUCCCGUGUACGUGUGUGUGUGCCAUGCAUGUAUACAUCUAUGUACAAGUGUCCAUCUGUGUGUACGUACACACCCACAUACUGUGCACAUCCACUUACAUACCUGAAUUGGGUGUGUGUUCACCCCGGCAUGUGUGAUUGGGCAGUGGGCAUGUGCUGGCUCCCAUGUUCCCCAGCCCCGUGCUUGCUUACCCCUCUGAGGAGGCUCUCUUGUCAAUGUCCACUCUGUUCUGAAGCCUGGGGUCUUUUGAGACCCAGGCGGGUGUAGGGGCCUCCUCAGGAAUACAGCCCCCACGGCCCAGUGUUUACCUUGGCUUCCAGCACACUCCCAGGGCCCUGCAUUCAUCCAGACUCCCAGGACCCUGCAUUCAUCCAGACUCCCAGGGCCCUGCAUUCAUCCAGACUCCCAGGGCCCUGCAUUCAUCCAGACUCCCAGGGCCCUGCAUUCAUCCAGACUCCCAGGACCCUGCAUUCAUCCAGACUCCCAGGGCCCUGCAUUCAUCCAGACUCCCAGGACCCUGCAUUCAUCCAGACUCCCAGGGCCCUGCAUUCAUCCAGACUCCCAGGGCCCUGCAUUCAUCCAGACUCCCAGGACCCUGCAUUCAUCCAGACUCCCAGGGCCCUGCAUUCAUCCAGACUCCCAGGACCCUGCAUUCAUCCACACCCCCAGGGCCCUGCAUUCAUUCACACUCACAGCACAGCAGGAACAGACUAGGGCCCGGUUUCCCAAAAGCAUCUUAAAGGCUAAGUUCAUCUUAGAACCAUAGGAUCCUCCAUCUCAACAGGGAACUCACAGGGCUCCACCACAGCAGGAACAGUCCUGGACCUUAUUGGCCUCCACUUCAAUGGGGAACGGAACAUACCACACUAGCUGAAUGGCGAUACUGUAGAAGGUUUAGAAUGCCUAUACGGCCACCACUCCAGGCCCUCACAAUAGGAGCUUAGAUCAGGAAGGUUGGAGGAUGGCCUUAAAGGCAUAUGGAUUCAUUGGUAGGCUACUCUGUAGAGAGAUAUAGUAGAGUUAAGUAAAUCCAGGGAUACGGUUUUGGUUGGCCAUUCUGAGUGGUGAGGUUUUGGCUUGAAACAGCAUGUGGAUUAAUUGGUGCACUGUAGAGAGAUAUAGUAGUUGGCUACAGUGAACCCAGGGAUAAGGUUUUGGUUGGCGAAGGUUGAGUGUCUGUGUAAGGCAACUGUGUUAGGGAGCAGCUAGUUCUCUUCAGGGAGGGAUUUUCAUCACAUUCUGGAAAGGCCUCCCUUUUGUGAAUUUAGCAUUAGGCAGUGGUAGAAAACGUACUCAAUUUUCAUACUUGAGUAAAAGUAAAGACACCUUAGUAGAAAAUGACUCAAGUAAAAGUGAAAGUCACCCAGUAAAAUACUACUUGAGUAAAAGUCUAAAAGUAUUUAGUUUUAAAUAUACUUAAGUAUCAAAAGUAAAUGUAAUAGCAAAAAUAUACUUAAGUAUAAAUCAUUUAAAAUUCCUUAUAUUAAGCAAACCAGACAGCACCAUUUUCAUGUUUAUUUAUUUAUAGAAAGCCAGGGGCACGCUCCAACACUCAGACAUAAUUUACAAACUAAUCGUGUGUGUUUCGUGAGUCCGCCAGAUCAGAGGCAGUAGGGAUGACCAGGGAUGUUCUCUUGAUAAGUGUGUGAAUUGGACCAUCUUCCUGUCCUGCUAAGCAUUCAAAAUAUAACGAGUACUUUUGGGUGUCAGGGCAAAUGUAUGGAGUAAAAAGUACAUAAUUUUCUUUAGGAAUGUAGUGAAGAAAAAGUAAAAGUUGUCAAAAAUAUAAAUAGUAAAGUAAAGUACAGAUACCCAAGAAAAACUACUUAAGCAGUACUUUAAAGUAUUUUUACUUAAGUACUUUACACCACUGGCGUUAGGGUUUAAGUUUCCUUGGCUUGUAGUUGUGCGGUACUUGCAUUCAAAUCAACAACAAAAAAAUCUACUCAGACGUUCAGAACUACAUCUAGAUCAGUUGGAAUGCUGGGAUCAAAUCAUUGGAGGGUUGGAUCCACCAAUCAUCAUUUCAGACAUCAAAACACAAUAGGGCUAUUAUGACCUAAGCAUACACUUGUGGAUGUUGAAUCUAAAUGUGUUCCUCUAUAUCAGGCAAACAAAGCCCCUCUCCUUCUAGGUUCUAGAGAGAUAGAUUUUCUCUUAGUUCCUGAGAAAGUAGCUGUCCUAAAAAAAAGUACAGUUAUGAAGAAUAUAGCUCAUUUUAGGAUUCAGCUGGAGGUUUAUCUCUGACCUGCGGUUCUGGUGAUAUGCCAUGUCAUGUGCCAUUUAGUGUUUCCUCUCUAAUAAAACCCAGUCAGAUCACGAGUAAAACUUUGCGUGAGUGUGUGUGCGAGCUUGUCUAGGAGUGCGACUCAGUGUGGAUUUAUAUUUGUGUGUGUGUUAACAUUGUUUGCUGUUAUGUCUACAGAGUCACUCCUAUGUGUCAUACAUUUGGGUGGAAUGACCUUUGAACUUGGGAGACUAACUUUACUGGGCUCUGAAUUUCUCUGAACUCCCUGUAGACUUUAAUUUACGUCAGGGUGGUGGUCAUUACUUAUAUUAGUAUUUAUUGUGGAUCUGCCAAGGCAGCAGCUACUCUUCCUGGGGUCCAGCAAAAUUAAGGCAGUUAUACAUUUAAAAAAAACAUUACAAUACAUUCACAACAGAUUUCACAACAUAUUAAGUGUGUGCCCUCAGGCCCCGUAUCUAUAACACAAAAUCCAUGUGUACAUGUGUGUAUAGUGCGUAUGUUAUCGUGUGUUUGUAUGCAUGUGUCUAUGUUUGUGUUGCUUCACAGUCCCCGCUGUUCCAUAAGGUGUAUUUUUAUAUCAGGGUCGUGGUCAUUAUCCCCAGGGUCGUGAGCAUUAUCCUCAGGGUCGUGAUCAUUAGAGCAGUAACGGAAAAUAAUAAAAAAUGAGUGUUUCUUUAAACAUUUAAAUGAGUGUUUAUUGUUGGACAGGUCCCUGUAGUCCCUCCAUAUGUCAGUCUAUUUCAUUUGGUACUUAACGAAGGACUGAGAUGAAGGAGGACGUCAUGGCAGUAAGGAUACUGGAGGUAACAGCAGUAAGGAUACUGGACGUCACGGUAGUGGGAACCAGAGAGGAAAUCAACCUGGGUUACAGUGGCUCACUCUCUCAAAGAGUUACGCAAGAGAUGUAUGGUGUCCAAUGGUAGCACUUUAGACUUGCAACCAUACUGUAAUGUCGAUAUGGAUCUGAGAGUUUGGCUGUUGAUCUCUGCCUACUGUAGGUUAUAACACAAUGACAUUCCAUAACCCCUAAUAUCUACAACCUUUGAUUAGACAUUUCUGUCUCACCGAUGAAUCUAGUGCUGAAUAAUGUGUUGGUGAUGAGGAAAAGUAUGGGUACAAUUAAAUGGCAGAAAAGAUUCAUCCCAGCCCAUGUGGAAUACCCAUGUAACCACAGCGCUUUUAUCCACUAUCAAAGCAGUCAGUCAGUCAGUCAGUCUCUCUCUCUCAGAGACUACUGUACCCAGUAUCUGAGAACCGCUGGAAAACUGCCCUGACUAAUUAUUUAAAUUUUUGCUGUUAAAAAACACAAAUGGGAUGCAUUGGGUUGACUGGAUCAAGCUUUUCCCUCUUCUUCUAUCAAGAAUUCCUAUGACGUAUAAAUUCAGCAAAAAUAUAUAAUUUUUGCACUGAGAACAUUUCCUAUGCCAGGAACAGAGGGGUUUUAUUCAUUGAUGAACAUGUGUGUGGUAUUUGAGAAUGGCAGAGUGACUUAUGGCAGAGUGACUUAUGGCAGAGUGACUUUUGACAUCAUGUUUCCACUUUGCCCAAGGGGCUGGCGUAGCACAGUACAACCAGCCUAUACUGGUAUACAGUAGACGUUUGCCUGAAUAGGAUGGGUUUAAAGGAGCUGUGGGAGAAUUAAAACCUUUCCCACCAGACCAGUUGGAAUCAUUCAAACACAGAACAGCAAGCGUUUGUUGUCUAUAGUCGGAUGAACACUCCAAAAACAGCCUACCCGACUGCUCAGAGGCUUCCGCAUGGUCCUAAAGCACACCGUUGCCGUUUUUGUAUCACAUUCCAUUGAUAAAACUGGGGGGGAGGGGGUGACAAAUAUGUAAUUUCAGAAUGGGGGGGGGGGGGGGGGGGGGGGAACAUGUCCCCCUCGUCCCCAGUGAAAGUUGCGCCCCUGACUUCACUGACAGUUCUUUCUUCCACAACAGGUCAACCAUGAUCUCCUUGCUCCUCCUGUGUGUGUCUCUUCCCUUCACCACCUCAACUAUAUCCUUUGAAGACUCCGGCGGUAUGUCUUACAUUGCUAUUGUUCACUGGCCCUAUUUAAAUACGAUUGAAAAUUAGUCAUUCCUUCCGCCUUUCCUUGAAAUAAUCACUGACAUAACACAGAUAGAUAGGUGUAAGAAAAACGUUCCACUCCGCUGCUUUCAUCCAAUCAGAUCCAAUCAACAUCGAGGAAGGACCAAGGGAAGGAUGCUUUGCAUUCAAAUAGGGAAGGUUACAGUUCUAGCUAUUCAGACAGAGCUCCUGUUAUAUACUGUACUGUUAUAUAGUGUACUGUUAUAUACUGUACUGUUAUAUACUGUACUGUUAUAUAGUGUACGUGUAGCCCACGGGCUACCGCUGACAGCAAAUGUAAAAGUAGAAAGGUUUCUAGUCUCUCCGGGUAGGGUUUGGAAUUAUGCAGGCAGAUGACAUGAGUUUACUCCACUUUACUGAAAAGAAGCAGGCAGUACGUCCAUCAUGUUACUUCACUUAGGCAACAUCUUCCUGCGUGUGCUACUCAUGAGCAGUAUAACAGUAUAAAGUAUCUUCCAUCCAAAUAGAUGCAAACAUAUUGUAAAAAAACUGAAUCUCAUACUAUCCUCCCCAGAUCUCGACAGUACACUGAGUGUCAGUAUUCCCGUGGAGGUGCCGCUGCGCCCUCUGAUGGGCGCCAAGGUGGUGGUGCCCUGCUACUUCCAGGACAACACGGUCAACGACCCCGGUGCGCCCACUGUCACCCCCCUGUCCCACUGCAUCAAGUGGACCUACGUGACCAAGGGCAAGGCCACCCAAAUACUGCUGGCGUCAGAGGGCAAAGUUCACGUGGAGACGGAAUACCUAGACCGGGUCACCAUGGUCAACUACCCGCUGGUGCCCACCGACAUCACCAUGGAGAUCACAGAACUGCGCACCAAGGACUCUGGCACCUAUCGCUGUGAGGUCAUGCAUGGCAUCGGGGAUAACUACGACUCGGUGGACAUCCAGGUUCAAGGUAUGCACCUAAACCAAAUAUCAGGGUUAUUGGUGUCAAUUCUUUUUCGAUUCAGUCAAUUCUGGAAGUAAACUGAAAUUCAAAAUCCAAUAUUUGUCAAUGCUUUGCUUAAUUAUUAUUAUUUUUUGUAUUAUAUUAUAUGGGGAAGAGUUGUAUAAUUAAGCAAUAAUGCAUGAGGAGGUGUGGUAUAUGGCCAAUAUACCACGGCUAAGGGCUGUUCCACGGCUGUCAGUCAAUCAGCAUUCAGGGCUCGAACCACCCAGUUUAUAAUGUGCUAUAAAGGUGUGUGAAACUCCUACACAGUAAGAACAUAUCUUAUGUAAAUCAGUAGAAAAGGAUGAGGUUUGACACGGUUGGGGUCAAUUCCAUUUUGAUUCAAUCAAUUCAGCAAGUAACUGAUUCCAAUUCCAAUUGCAAAGCAUUGAGAAAAAUGUGAAUUUGAAUUUCAGUUUACUUCCAGAAUUGAUUGAAUCAAAAUGGAAUUGACCCCAACCGUGUCAAGAAUCCUCAUACUCAUUCUAUUAUGCACAAGCCAACCCUCUGAAAUGGAAUAAUACUCAAUAUAAUAUGACGGUGAGGGUGAUGUGUUCUCUCCUCUCCAGGUAUUGUGUUCCACUACCGAGCCAUCUCGACUCGCUACACUCUGAACUUUGAAAGGGCCAAGGCUGCCUGUAUCCAGAACAGCGCCACCAUCGCCACCCCAGCCCAGCUACAGGCUGCCUUUGACGAUGGCUUCCACCAAUGUGACGCCGGGUGGCUCUCUGACCAAACAGUCAGGUAAUUGUGGUAUACUAAACCGUGCACCGUCAUCGCUCGUGACUGUUUUAGGGAAACGAUGUUUGAUGUGUUGGCACCCAGUGUGGAUAUACAGUACAGUAAAAAGUAUGACAUUAGUACAGCCCUGAAGGAUUUUGUAGGGAUGUGAAAUGUUGUUCUAGAGCAUGGGUUGGCAUUAUGCAAAGACAUGUUAUAACCAUUUGAGAUUUUUUUUAAAAAUACUAAUGGACGGCAUCUUUUUUUCUUUGCCAUCUGACGUGAUCUACUCAAGGUACCCCAUCCAUGAGCCUCGUGAGGGUUGCUUUGGAGACAAGGACGAGUUCCCGGGAGUGCGAACCUACGGCGUGAGAGAGGUCAACGAGACCUAUGACGUGUACUGCUUUGCACAGAAGAUGUCAGGUAUGCCACACUGCAGCUGGUCAUUAUACAAGCUGUUUUGUGGUUCACAUAGAUAAGCAUCACCGUUAAAGUGGAACUGACAGCAUUUCAGCAACAUUACAUCUUAUUAAAAUCUGUUCAUAUACACUCCCCAGGAAGAAUAUGACACAUAAAAAAAAAAAUAACAUUUUCUAACAAGCAAGCACUUAGAUAGUCAUUUUCAUGUUUUCAUACUUUCAUAGAAUGUUUGGCAAUGACAUAGAGUAAGGCAUUUGUGAAAAUUCUAUAGCAAUAUAGAGUGUGAAAGCGGCCGUGCAUUUGGACAAUUAAUAGAGACUGCAGGAAAUAAAACCUAAUAAAAACAUCUGUCUACGCAGACUGGUGUGCCAUAGCCAAUCAGAGAUAGUAGGCCUAUAUGCAAAUUAUUGAUUUAUUUAACCGUUAUUUAACCAGGAAAAGCCCAUUGAGACCAAGAGUUUCUUUUUCAAGGGAGACCUGGCCAAGAAGGCAUCAACAAUCAAUACAUUACAGAAUUAAAACAUACAACAAUACAAUUUAACAACAUGAUCCAGCUUAAAAAAUGAAUUUACACUCCUCUGUAACAGAGUCUCCCAUCAACAUUUUAAAUUCAUUCAGUGGCACUAACAUAUCUAACAUACCAUUAUUAAAGGCCUACUACUAGAUGUUUCUCUGUUGCAGUUAUUUUAUUUAUUUAUUAAUUAAUUGUCAAGCUGUAAAAACCGAAGUGAGACUGCAACACGUUAGUAGCCUAGCUAGGACUGUGGCAUGUCUGUACACUUUCCUUCCGCUGCGUAAACGGGACACACGAAAGCAACGCAAUUGAAGUUGAAUUCACAGAUGCAAGCGUGUCAGGCUGCAAUUUCAAAAAGUGGAUGACUCAACUGUUGACUCAUUUAUACUCCCUUGAGUGUCCUUGUUUGACACGCUAGCCUAUUAGCCACAUUAUGACUGACUAGUGAUCAUUGCUAUUUCGAUUGUAUUGACAUUCCCAGCCUUAGUUAAACAGUUUUCCGUUUUAUUUUUUCUCCAAAAAAUUGAGUCGUUGAAACUGAAACGGUGCAUCCCGAAUGGGUUGUGGCAGCAAACAAUGUACUAGGCCAGCUGUGAUUUACAACCUGAUCGCAAUAUUUUUUGGACUACGAAGAAAUGUAUUGGUGAAUUACAGUUGAAGUCAGAAGUUUACAUACACUUAGGUUGGAGUCAUUAAAACUCAUUUUUCAACCACUCCACACAUUUCUUGAUAACAAACUAUAGUUUUGGCAAGUCGGUUAGGACAUCUACUUUGUGCAUGACACAAGUAAUUUUUCCAACAAUUGUUUAACAGACAGAUUAUUUCACUUAUAAUUCACUGUAUCACAAUUCCAGUGGGUCAGAAGUUUACGUACACUAAAUUGACUGUGCCUUUAAACAGCUUGGAAAAUUCCAGAAAAUGAUGUCAUGGCUUUAGAAGCUUCUGAUAGGCUAAUUGACAUCAUUUGAGUCAAUUGGAGGUGUACCUGUGGAUGUAUUUCAAGGCCUACCUUCAAACUCAGUGCCUCUUUGCUUGACAUCAUGGGAAAAUCAAAAGAAAAUCAGCCAAGACCUCAGAAAAUAAUUUGUAGACCUCAACAAGUCUGGUUCAUCCUUGGGAGCAAUCUCCAAACACCUGAAGGUACCACGUUCAUCUGUACAAACAAUAGUACGCAAGUAUAAACACCAUGGGACCACGCAGCCGUCAUACCGCUCAGGAAGGUGAUGCGUUCUGUCCCCUAGAGAUACUUUGGUGCGAAAAGUGCAAAUCAAUCCCAGAACAACAGCAAAGGACCUUGUGAAGAUGCUGGAGGAAACAUGUACAAAAAUAUCUAUAUCCACAGUAAAAUGAGUCCUAUAUCGACAUAACCUGAAAGGCCGCUCAGCAAGGAAGAAGCCACUGCUCCAAAACCGCCAUAAAAAAGUCAGACUACGGUUUGCAACUGCACAUGGGGACAAAGAUCGUACGUUUGGCCAUAAUGACCAUCGUUAUGUUUGGAGGAAAAAGGGGGUCGCUUGCAAGCCGAGGAACACCAUCCCAACCGUGAAGCACAGGGGUGGCAGCAUCAUGCUAUGGGGGUGCUUUGCUGCAGGAGGGUCUGGUGCACUUCACAAAAUAGAUGGCAUCAUGAGGAAGGAAAAUUAUGUGGAUAUAUUGAAGCAACAUCUCAAGACAUCAGUCAGGAAGUAAAAGCUUGGUCGCAAAUAGGCCUUCCAAAUGGACAAUGACCCCAAGCAUACUUCCAAAGUUGUGGCAAAAUGGCUUAAGGACAACAAAGUCAAGCUAUUGGAGUGGCCAUCACAAAGCCUAUAGAACAUUUGUGUGCAGAACUGAAAUAGCGUGUGCGAUUAAGGAGGCCUGCAAACCUGACUCAGUUACACCAGCUCCGUCAGGAGGAAUGGGCCAACAUUCACCCAACUUAUUGUGGGAAGCUUGUGGAAGGCUACCCGAAACGUUUGACCCAAGUUAAACAUUUUAAAAGCAAUGCUACCAAAUACUAAUUGAGUGUAUGUAAACUUCUGACCCACUGGGAAUGUGAUGAAAGAAAUAAAAGCUGAAAUAAAUAAUUCUCUCUACUAUUAUUCUGACAUUUCACAUUCUUAAAAUAAAGUGGUGAUCCUAACUGACCUAAGACAGGGAAUUUUUACUAGGAUUAAAUGUCAGGAAUUGUUUAAAACUGAGUUUAAAUGUAUUUGGCUAAGGUGUAUGUAAACUUCCGACUUCAACUGUAUAUUAACCAUGCAUUGAACUGCCUCAAUCGAUUCUACCAACAAUGCCUUACUGUAUGUCAUGGAAUUUUGAGUCAAAUAUAACCUAUUUUUAAAACCUCUUAAAAGUUGGUUUUGAAGCAUAAAAUGGGAAUUUGAUAUUUUUGACUGAUAUUAUGAUUGUCUGAUUGUUUCAUAUGUGCAAAGUAGUUAAAACUCUAGUUCAACCUCUUUAAGUGAUUUACAGCAACCACAUUCAAUAGGUGGACCGAAGUCCAGCUCCAUACCCACAACGGGGUCAAUACGAGAACAAAAAAACCCCAAAAAAACAAUAGGACUGUUUCUAUACUGAACAACAAUAUAAACACAACAUGUAAAGUGUUGGUCCCAUGUUUCAUGAGCUGAAAUAAAAGAUCCCAGACAUUUUCCAUACGCACAAAAAGCGUAUUUCUCACAAAUUUGUUUACAUCCCUGUUAGUGAGCAUUUCUCCUUUGCCAAGAUAAUCCAUCCACCUGACAGGUGUGGCACAGAUGUCUCAAGUUUGGAGGGAGCGUGCAAUUCGCAUGCGGACUGCAGGAAUGUCCACCAGAGGUCUUGCCAGAUAAUGUAAUGUUAAUUUCUCUACCAUAAGCCGCAUCCAAAGUUAUUUUUUGAGAAUUUGACAGUACGUCCAACCGGCCUCACAACCAUGCCAGCCCAGGACCUCCAUAUCCGGCUCCUUCACCUGUGGGAUCGUCUGAGACCAGCCACCCAGACAGCUGAUGAAACUGAGGAGUAUUUCUAUCUGUAAUAAAGCCCUUUUGUGGGGAAAAACUCAUUCUACACCCUCCCAUGGCUGCGCCCCUGCCCAGUCAUGUGAAAUCCAUAGAGUAUGGCCUAAUUUAUUUAUUUCAAUUGACUGAAUUCCUUAUAUGAACAACUCAGUAAAAUCGUUGAAAUGUUGCGUUUAUAUUUUUGUUCAGUAUAGUUGCUGUGUGUGCUGUGGAUUACUCAAAUCAAAUCAAAUCAAAUGUUAUUGGUCACAUGCGCCGAAUACAACAGGUGCAGACAUUACAGUGAAAUGCUUACUUACAGCCCUUAACCAACAGUGCAUUUAUUUUAAACAAAAAAAGUAAGAAUAAAACAACAACAAAAAAGUGUUGAGAAAAAAAGAGCAGAAGUAAAAUAAAGUGACAGUAGGGAGGCUAUAUAUACAGUAAAAUAAAGUGACAGUAGGGAGGCUAUAUAUACAGGGGGGUACCGUUGCAUAGUCAAUGUGCGGGGGCACCGGCUAGUUGAGGUAGUUGAGGUAAUAUGUACAUGUGGGUAGAGUUAAAGUGACUAUGCAUAAAUACUUAACAGAGUAGCAGCAGCGUAAAAAGGAUGGGGUGGGGGGGCAGUGCAAAUAUUCCGGGUAGCCAUGAUUAGCUGUUCAGGAGUCUUAUGGCUUGGGGGUAGAAGCUGUUGAGAAGUCUUUUGGACCUAGACUUGGCACUCCGGUACCGCUUGCCGUGCGGUAGCAGAGAGAACAGUCUAUGACUAGGGUGGCUGGAGUCUUUGACAAUUUUGAGGGCCUUCCUCUGACACCGCCUGGUAUAGAGGUCCUGGAUGGCAGGGAGCUUUGCCCCAGUGAUGUACUGGGCCGUACGCACUACCCUCUGUAGUGCCUUGCGGUCAGAGGCCAAGCAGUUGCCAUACCAGGCGGUGAUGCAACCAGUCAGGAUGCUCUCGAUGGUGCAGCUGUAGAAUUUUGAGGAUCUGAGGACCCAUGCCAAAUCUUUUUAGUCUCCUGAGGGGGAAUAGGCUUUGUCAUGCCCUCUUCACGACUGUCUUGGUGUGUUUGGACCAUGAUAGUUCGUUGGUGAUGUGGACACCAAGGAACUUGAAGCUCUCAACCUGUUCCACUACAGCCCCGUCGAUGAGAAUGGGGGCGUGCUCAGUCCUCUUUUUUUUCCUGUAGUCCACAAUCAUCUCCUUUGUCUUGGUCACGUUGAGGGAGAGGUUGUUGUCCUGGCACCACACAGCCAGAUCUCUGACCUCCUCCCUAUAGGCUGUCUCAUCGUUGUCGGUGAUCAGGCCUACCACUGUUGUGUCGUCGGCAAACUUAAUGAUGGUGUUGGAGUCGUGCCUGGCCAUGCAGUCAUGGGUGAACAGAGAGUACAGGAGGGGACUGAGCACGCACCCCUGAGGGGCCCCCGUGUUGAGGAUCAGUGUGGCAGAUGUGUUGUUACCUACCCUUACCACCUGGGGGCGGCCCGUCAGGAAGUCCAGGAUCCAGUUGCAGAGGGAGGUGUUUAGUCCCAGGAUCCUUAGCUUAGUGAUGAGCUUAGAGGGCACUAUGGUGUUGAAUGCUGAGCUGUAGUCAAUGAAUAGCAUUCUCACGUAGGUGUUCCUCUUGUCCAGGUGGGAAAGGGCAGUGUGGAGUGCGAUAGAGAUUGCAUCAUCUGUGGAUCUGUUGGGGCGGUAUGCAAAUUGGAGUGGGUCUAGGGUUUCUGGGAUUAUGCUGUUGAUGUGAGCCAUGACCAGUCUUUCAAAGCACUUCAUGGCUACAGACGUCAGUGCUACGGGUCGGUAGUCAUUUAGGCAGGUUAUCUUAGAGUUCUUGGGCACGGGGACUAUGGUGGUCUGCUUGAAACAUGUUGGUAUUACAGACUCAGUCAGGGACAUGUUGAAAAUGUCAGUGAAGACACUUGCCAGUUGGUCAGCACAUGCUCGGAGUACACGUCCUGGUAAUCCGUCUGGCCCUGCGGCCUUGUGAAUGUUGACCUGCUUAAAAGUCUUACUCACAUCGGCUACGGAGAGCGUGAUCACAUAGUCGUCCGGAGCAGCUGGUGCUCUCAUGCAUGCUUCAGUGUUGCUUGCCUCGAAGCGAGCAUAGAAGUGGUUUAGCUCAUCUGGUAGGCUUGUGUCACUGGGCAGCUCGCGGCUGUGCUUCCCUUUGUAGUCUGUAAUAGUUUUCAAGCCCUGCCACAUCCGACGAGCGUCAGAGCCAGUGUAGUAUGAUUCAAUCUUAGACCUGUAUUGACUCUUUGCCUGUUUGAUGGUUCGUCGGAGGUCAUAGCGGGAUUUCUUAUAAGCGUCCGGGUUAGAGUCCCGUUCCUUGAAAGCGGCAGCUCUACCCUUUAGCUCAGUGCGGAUGUUUCCUGUAAUCCAUGGCUUCUGGUUGGGGUAUGUACGUACGGUCACUGUGGGGACGACAUCAUCGAUGCACUUAUUGAUGAAGCCAGUGACUGAUGUGGUGUACUCCUCAAUGCUGUCUGAAGAAUCCCGGAACAUGUUCCAGUCUGUGCUAGCAAAACAGUCCUGUAGCUUAGCAUCUGCGUCAUCUGACCACUUUUUUAUUAACCGAAUCACUGGUGCUUCCUGCUUCAGUUUUUGCUUAUAAGCAGGAAUCAGGAGGAUAGAGUUAUGGUCAGAUUUGCCAAAUGGAGGGCGAGGGAGAGCUUUGUAUGCGUCUCUGUGUGUGGAGUAAAGGUGGUCUAGAGUUUUUUCCCCUCUGGUUGCACAUUUAACAUGCUGGUAGAAAUUAGGUAGAACGGAUUUAAGUUUCCCUGCAUUAAAGUCCCCGGCUACUAGGAGCGCUGCAUCUGGAUGAGCGUUUUCCUGUUGAUUAAUGGCCUUGUACAACUCAUUCAGUGCAAUCUUAAUGCCAGCAUUGGUUUGUGGUGGUAAAUAGACAGCUAUGAAAAAUAUAGAUGAAAACUCUCUUGGUAAAUAGUGUGGUCUACAGCUUAUCAUAAGAUACUCUACCUCAGGCGAGCAAAACCUCGAGACUUCCUUAGUAUUUGAUUUUGUGCACCAGCUGUUGUUUACAAAUAUACACAGACCGCCGCCCCUUGUCUUACCAGAGUCAGACGUUCUGUCCUGCCGAUGUAGCGUAUAGCCUGCUAGCUGAAUGUUGUCAUUGUUGUCGUUCAGCCACGACUCCGUGAAACAUAAGAUAUUACAGUUUUUAAUGUCCCGUUGGUAGGAUAACCGUAAUCUUAAAUCGUCAAUUUUAUUCUCAAAAGAUUGAACGUUGGCUAAUAGGAUUGAUGGGAGAGGCAGUUUACUCGCACGCCGUCGGAUCCUUACAAGGCACCCGGAUCUGCGUCCACGAUAUCUCCGUCUCUUCCUCACGCGAAUGACGGGGAUCUGGGCCUUGUUGGGUGUCUGUAGAAUAUCCUUCGCGAACGCCUCGUUGAAGAAAAAGUCUUCGUCCAAUGCGAGGUGAGUAAUCGCUGUCCUGAUAUCCAGAAGCUCUCUUUGGUUAUAAGAGACGAUGGCAGAAACAUUAUGUACAAAAUAAAUUACAAAUAACGCGGAAAAACACACAUAAUAGUACAAUUGGUUAGAGGGCUGUAAAACGGCAGCCAUCUUCUUCCGGCGCUGUUGUUGAAUAGUGCUGACCAUGGCGUAUCUAUCUGUUCGUCUGUCCAUCUGUCUGUCUGUUUGUGGUUGUGUAUUUGUGUCUGCUCAGUGUCAAGACAGCUCCCUCAGCUCUGAAGAACAGAGUACAUAGUCUACACUCCUCAAUUAGUUGUCUGUUUCUGAAAUGAUCUUACAUUUACAUUUGAUUCAUGUAGCAGAUGCUCUCAUCCAGAGCGACUUACAGGAGCAAUUAGGGUUAAGUGCUUUCCUCAAGGGUAUAUUGACAGAUUUUAACCUCUUCCCCUAAAACAAGUAUUUUUACUGGCAUUAAUUACUGCAAGGACAUUUGCUGCACUUUCAUGUCUGUCUGUUUGACUGCCUGCGUCUGUGUUUCUCUGCCUUCCCCCUCCAUCAUCCCAGGCAGAGUGUUCUACUCCGUGUCCGUGGAGAAGUUCACCUUCUACCAGGCAAUGGACCAGUGUGCCAAACUAGGGGCCAAACUGGCCACCACAGGGCAGCUAUAUCUGGCCUGGAAGUCUGGCAUGGACGUGUGUAAUGCGGGCUGGCUGGCAGACAGAAGCGUCCGCUACCCCAUCAACAUCGCGAGGCCCCAGUGCGGUGGAGGAUUACUAGGAGUGAGGACCGUGUAUCUGUUCCCUAACCAGACAGGCUACCCCUACCCAGACUCCCACUAUGACGCUAUCUGCUACCAAGGUAACCCAGCCACCAGAUUAUAUCUGAGGACUGCAUAUACCAUAAUGCACCACUGUUGCUAUCAAUCUCUUCAAGCUUGAACUACUGUUUUUGGUCAAGGCACCAAAAAGAGGUCGAAAAGAGGUCACAAGUAAAUUGUUAUAGUGUUAAAAAAGGAAUCACUUCAUUUUACAACAAAAAGGCACUGUGGAUUACAUGUGGUGUGUUAAAACCAGAAUGAUUUUCAGUAAGACAGAGUGUGGCUUUCACUUCACCUGCUGUCAAUGAUCUAAUUCAUAGAGGACAACGGUGCAGUCAAGACCACCCCGUUCCCAGAGGUGGCCACCAUCACAGCCAGCCCCAUGGUCUAUCCAGGGCGUACCACCACCCCUGGAACUGAGGCACGGGGGGAGGUGCUGACCCAAGCCCCCCUGGACACCACCACCAUGGCACUGACCUUACCCAUCACACCCAGUGUGACUGACACCUAUGCCAAGGUUACCCCGGUCGUGGGGGAAGAGAUCAUUAGCAGGGUGACAGCUAAACCUGAUGUGGGCUUCGAGUUCCCUCGUGACAAUGACACUGCCAUGGCUCCUACAGGUUAGUGGUCUGUGCUGAUCAGCAAAAUUGUUUCUUACAUUUUAGUAAACUUGGUCCUGGGGCCCCGCGCCCCCGGGUGCAUGUUUUGGCUUUUGCCCUAGCACUACACAGCUGAUUCAAAUAACCAACUCAUCAUCAAGCUUUCAUUAUUUGAAUCAGCUGUGUAGUGCUAGGACAAAAAACAAAACUGGCCCCACGACCGAGUUCGGGAAUCCCUGAUUCAGCAGACACUCUUAUCCAGAGCAAUUUAUAAGCACAAUUAGGAUUAAGUAUCUUUCUCAAGGGCACAUUGACAGACUUUUUCCCUAGUCAGCUCAGGGAUUCAAACCAGCAACCUUUCGGUUACUGGCCCAACUCUCUUAACCACUAGGCUACCUGCCAGCAGUAGUUGCUAUUUUCAGUUCCAAGUGUAAUAACUUAAUUUCUAUCUUUGGUUCUGUCUGUCUCUUCCCUGCCUUAUCUUUCCGCUCUCCCCCUCCCUCUCUCCGUCCCUCUCUAUAGGUGUGGUGUUCCACUACCGUGCUGGAUUCAGUCGCUAUGCCAUGUCCUUCGUGGAGGCCCAGCUGGCCUGUCAGAGUGUGGGCGCGGUCAUCGCCAGCUCCCAGCAGCUACAGGCAGCCUACGAGGCAGGGCUCCACCACUGUGAUGCAGGCUGGCUCAGGGACCAGACCGUCAGGUGAGAUGGAUAGGGUACAUCUCAGUAGUCAAAAGGUGGCCACUCAGUAGGGUUGCAAAAUUCUGGAAACUUUAUUAAUGAUCCUGGGUUUUCCCAGAAAUCCCUGUUGGAGGAUUCCUGCAUAUUCCCUUUUGAUUCCAGAAAUCCUCUGACUGGGAUAUCUGAGAAAUGUGGAAACAUUUCUGUAUUUUUUUUUCUUUUUCUUCCUAAAGAGGACAGAAGUAUGACUGCUUUCUAACCACACGUUUACCAUCAACCCUGACCUUGCUCUCUCCUGUGGUCAGGUACCCCAUCCUGUCUCCCAGAGAUAAGUGUUCAGGCAACCUGGAGCAUGUCCCAGGGGUGAGAUCCUACGGCCUGAGACCUGCUACUGAGCAAUACGACGUCUACUGCUAUAUGGACCGCCUCAAGGGUGAGAGACACGGACCCUAUUCGUCUUCUGCUGCUUCUUCUUCUUCUACAGACCUUAGUUUCAGAUGUUAAGUGAUUUCUUCUUCUUCUUCUUCUUCUUCUUCUUCUACAGACCUUAGCUUCAGAUGUUAAGUGAGUUCUUAUUCUUCUUCUACAGGCCUUACUUCAGAUGUUAAGUGAUUUCUUCUUCUUCUACAGACCUUAGCUUCAGAUGUUAAGUGAUUUCAUCUUCUUCUUCUACAGGCCUUAGCUGCAGAUGUAAAGUGAACCAUCACUCCUGAGUAAAACCUCCUGCCCUCUCUUCUCCCUCACUUCCCAGGGGAGCUGUUCUACACCAGUGACUAUGACAGCUUCUCCUACGAGGAGGCCGUGGCCCACUGCCAGAAGCUCAACACUACGCUAGCCACCACAGGGCAGCUCUAUGCCGCCUGGAGACAGGGCUUCGACAAGUGCCGUCCAGGCUGGCUGCAGGACCGCAGCGUCCGCUACCCCAUCCGCAUCCCCAGGCCCCACUGUGGAGGUGGCAAGGCCGGGGUACACACCAUCUACGCCUUCCCCAACCAGACAGGAGACCCCGACCAGCACUCCAGAUACGAUGCAUACUGCUUCAGAGGUAUGCGUUUGGAUCUGUUCAGGGUCAUGGAUAGAGUUACAAAACCCACAGAAGGUUGUGAGAAUUACAAUCUGUGACAAUUAGAGGAAUUCUUACCAGAUUGUGUAAUUUACUUGGAACUCUUGUUACUAAAAUGGUCCCUGUUAAAUCUCAACUGAUUAAGCAUACAUUUAUAUAAGGCUCUGUGUCAAUCCAUUAAGAAAUAAUGGAGACAUCCAUUGAGCCAUAAGCUUUAAUAAUGACAAAUACAGCCACUGUUAAAAGUGUAACAAUUAUAUUGUGUUGGUUUUCUUUGUUUUGUAGCUGAACGUGUGAUUAUUCACACUGAAACCAGACUCAACGUUACUGUAGUUGUCGAAGAGGAAAUUAUCAACAUGACAACCAGAACAGAUCAAUUGACGCCUGGUAAUAUAUCUCUAUAUUAAGUGUUCUACAGUAUUUCUAUAUCCCAGCUAGUAUUUCCUGUACAUUUAUCCUGCCGACUACGCCAAAAGUAACAGUUUUGCCUCUGUUUCAAUCAAAAUGCACAAGCUGUAUUCUAGUCAAUGUGUUAACAUUAGAUGUUCUUCUUCCUCUGUUCUCUCCAUCUGUGGUUUCUCAGUGAGCCCCAUCAAGCCACCUGCCUCUGUGGAUGUGUCUGGUUCAGCCUCAGCUGAUCAUUCUGCCAGUGGUAGUGGCAGUGGAACUCCUGGCCAAAGUGGAGACACAUCUGGUGGGGCAAGCGGUGAGGGCUCCGGGUCUGGCUUCCAAGUCACCUUCGAGGGCAGUGGACACGUCUUGUCCAGAGAGGGCUCUGGAGAUCCUCAGGAGGCGGGAGAGGGGAGCACCACUGUCACCUACCCCCCGAGAGCUGGGUCUGGGGAUAGUGGAUCCGGGGUGGGGGUGGGAGAUUUCAGCGGGUCUGGGGAUAGUGGGUCUGGGGUGGGAGAGUUCAGUGGGUCUGGGGAUAGUGGGUCCAGGGUGGGAGAGUUCAGUGGGUCUGGGGAUAGUGGGUCCGGGGAUAGUGGGUCCGGGUUGGAAGUGUUCAGUGGGUCCGGGGUGGGGGUGGGAGAGUUCAGCGUGUCUGGGGAUAGUGGGUCUGGGGUGGGGGUGGGAGAGUUCAGUGGUGGGCUACCGUCCGGUGUCCUUCCUCACUCGGGUAGUGGCAGCGGGGUAUCUGGGGACCUGAGCGGUAGCGGGGACUCUGUCAUCAUCAUGGUGGAUGGAGAGAUGGUGGACAUCGCCAAACGGCAGCCCACCGGACAGGAGUUUGGACAAGGAGGUGUGGACAUCAGUGGCUCCGGAGGAAUGUCUGGAUCAGGUGGCUUCUUCAGCGGGGAUGUGACCAGCACUUCUGGCUCCGGAAGUCCUGACAUAUCUUUCACACAUUCAGGUCUCAUUGACCUGACCGAUCAGCCCUCGGGAGAACAGGAAGUUUCCGGCUACCAGACUUUCCCCUCUGGUUUUCCAAGCGGUUUCCCCUCUGGUUAUCCGUCUGGUUUUCACAGCGGCUCUGGAUUCCCAUCUAGUGCGGACAGAUCCCACUCAGGCUACGAGGUCAUCUUCCUGACAGAAGACGGGAUGAUGGAUGUGACGGCACGUCCAGGGGAGCAGCGUCUGGAGCAGGGCCGGGGUUACGUAGAGGUCAGUGGAGACGGCAGUAGCCACCAUGAAGGGAGCACCUCGGCCAUUGGGCUCUCCCUGGGGGGGUCACCAUUUGCAGAGGGCCUGUCUGUGGUGCUGCCGCCUGGUUCUACCAUGACUUACCCAGAGUACAUCGCCAGUCUUGGCAACACAGGCAAUGACCUGGAUCUGAUGGAUAAAGUCCAGGAGCAGGAAGGGCUGGGAGGGUCCACAGAGACGAUCUAUGUCACUGCACCAUCGGCAGUCUUCUCUAGCCCGACGACAGCACCCGCCGUCUCGAUGGUGACCCCUGCUGUGGUGGAGGAGCCUGCUUUAGUUUACGGUAUGUUGCUUAAAGGGAUAGUACCGCAAUAUUUGAUCAAUUGGUCAUAUCUUACCUUAGAAGUGUUCUAUAGGGUCAGUAGUUACAGCAUCUAUACUGAACAAAAAUAAAAUAAACGUAACAUGCGACAAUUUCAAAGUUUUUACUGAGUUACAGUUCAUAUAAGGAAAUAAGUCAAUUGAAAUAAAUUCAUUAGGCCCUAAUCUAUGGAUUUCACAUGACUGGGCAGGGGUGCAGCCAUGGGUGGGCCUUGGAGGGCAUAGGCCCACCCACUGGGCAGCCAGGCCCAGCCAAUCAGAACGAUUUUUUUCCCCACAAGACAGCUUUAUUACAGACAGAAAUACUCCUCAGCACCCCCCACACCCCCCUUCAGAUGAUCCCACAGUUGAAGAAGCCGGAUGUGGAGGUCCUGGGCUGGUGUGUCUAUACGUGGUCUGCUGUUGUGAGGCCGGUUGCACGUACUGCCAAAUUCUCUAAAACAAUGUUGGAGGUAUUAAAUUAUCUGACAACAGCUCUGGUGGACAUUCCUGCAGUGAGCAUGCCAAUUUCCCGCUCCCCCCUCAAAACUUGAGACAUCUGUGGCAUUGUGUUGUGUGAGAACAUUUUAAAGUGGCUUUUAUUGUCCCCAGCACAAGGUGCACCUGUGUAAUGACCAUGCUAUUUAAUCAGCUUCUUGAUAUGCCACACCUGUCAGGUGGAUGGAUUAUCUUGGAAAAUGAGAAAUACUCACUAACAGUGAUGUAAACAAAUUUGUGCACAGAAUUUGAGAGAAAUAAGCUUUUUGUACGUAUGGAACAUUUCUGGGAUGUUUUUAUUUCAGCUCAUGAAACAUAGCCCCAACACUUUACAUGUUGCCUUUAUAUUUUUGUUCAGUGUACUAUAAGACAUUGUUUACUUGUCUUUAUCCACCUCAUGCUAUCAGCUAGUGAACAACUUUCCCUGGUUAGCACAUUGUCUAAAUCAACCAAUUCUUUGUUUGACCCUGCCUCUUUCUAGCUGCUCCUGAACCUUGUGAGCCUAACCCGUGUGGAGCAGGCACCUGCUCUGUGCAGGAUGGCAUCGCUUUGUGCCAAUGCCCAAAUGGAUUCACUGGAGAGGACUGCAGCAGACGUGAGUCUCAGUGCCACCGCCAUAUGUUACGAGAUGUAUUGACAUUGUCCACAUAUCUAUUAAAGAUAUUUCACUCAACAUUCUCGUAUCUCAGUGAUCUAUCUGUUGUUAUUUUCGUGUUUACAUGCAAAUUAAAGUUGCCAUGUCCCACAACGUAUUCUGUUAGAGAGGAGGGGGGAGUUGUAUCAAUAAAUCAAUAAAUAUCCAACAUUCUACAGUAAAUGUGUUCAUGUGUCGAUCUAUCUAUCUGUCUGUGUGUGCAGCGGUGCAGGGCUGUGUCGAGGGCUGGGUGGAAUUCAUGGGGAGCUGCUACCUGCACUUUGCUGAGAGAGACACCUGGCCUGACGCUGAGCAGCGCUGCCAAGAGCUCAACUCCCACCUGGUCAGCAUCACCUCCCAACAGGAGCAGGAAUUUGUCAACUGUGAGCAAAGAGAUAGGAUGUGUGCGGCGGUGGUUGUGGUGGUGGUGGGGGGGGGGGGGGGGGGGGGGGGGGGGGGGGCACAGCUUACUGUUGUAGUAGAAUACACAAGGUGCAAUUUCGAAAUGUGUUUGUGCAUCAGCAGUUUGCCUCUUAUGUCAGUCAGUGGCUGUCACUCAAUCAGCCCAUGUCAGCUAACAAUUAUUUUACAUUUGGUGAGUUAGUCUAGUAAAUCUACCGACCGGGCAGGCAGGGCAUGUGCCCAGGGGGCCCACAUUGAUUUUGUUAGUCACUCUCACUCAGAUAUCAUAUUAAACAUGGUCAUGGCAAAUGUGUAGAUUUGCUUGAAGUUAGUUAUACAACUGAAAAAUGUUCUCUCCACACCCUUGGCAAAAUGUGUAGAAUUGCAGAAAAUGUGCUUCAAAACUGCAACAUUUUCUCUCCACCCAUGCAUGGCAAAAUGUGUAUAAUUGCAGGAAAUUAAUGUCAAAACGUAAAAACUAUUCGCCGUCAAGAGCCACUAAAAUGUUUUGCCUGCAAAUCUCACUUAGGGUCCCAAAAAAGCCUAGGGUGGGCCCUGUAUUUGCAUUUGUAUUUAUUAUGACAUUAGCAAGGCAGCAGCUACUCUUCCUGGGGUCCAGCAAAAUUAAGGCAGUUAUAAUUAUUUUUUUAAACAUUACAAUACAUUCACAACAGAUUUGCCCUCAGGCCCCUACUCUACUACCACAUAUCCACAACACAAAAUCCAUGUGUACAUGUGUGUAUAGUGCGUGUUAUCGUGUGUUUUUAUGCAUAUGUCUAUGCCUAUGUUUGUGUUGCUUCACAGUUCCAUAAGGUGUAUUUAUAUCUGUUUUUUACAUCUAAUUUUACUGCUUGCAUGAGUUACAUGAUGUGGAAUAGAGUUCCAUGUAGUCAUGGCUCUGUGUAGUAUUGUGCACCUCCCAUAGUCUGUUCUGGAUUUGGGGACUGUGAAGAGACCUCUGGUGGCAUGUCUUGUGGGGUAUGCAUGGGUGUCCAAGCUGUGUGCCAGUAGUUCAAACAGACAGCUCGGUGCAUUCAACAUGUCAAUACCUCUCACAAAUACAAGUAGUGAUGAAGUCAAUCUCUCCUCCACUUUGAGCCAGGAGAGAUUGAUAUGCAUAUUAUUCAUGUUAGCUCUCUGUGUACAUCCAAGGGCCAGCUGCACUGCCCUGUUCUGAGCCAAUUGCAAUUUUCAGAGGUCCCUCUUUGUGGCACCUGACCACACGACUGAACAGUAGUCCAGGUGCGACAAAACUAGUGCCUGUAGGACCUGCUUGUUGAUAGUGUUGUUAAAAAGGCAGAGAAGCACUUUAUUAUGGACAGACUUCUCCCCAUCCUAGCUACUGUUGUAUCAAUAUGUUUUGACCAUGACAGUCAGUACUCCAAGCAGUUUAGUCUCCUCAACUUGCUCAAUUACCACAUUAUUCAUUACAAGAUUUAGUUGAGGUUUAGGGUUUAGUGAAUGAUUUGUCCCAAAUUACAAUGCUUUUAGUUUUUGAAAUAUUUAGGUCUAACUUAUUCCUUGCCACCCAUUCUGAAACUAACUGCAGCUCUUUGUUAAGUGUUGCAGUCUUUUCAGUCACAGUGGUAGCUGACGUGUAUAGUGUUGAGUCGUCCGCAUACAUAGACACACUGGCUUUACUCAAAGCCAGUGGCAUGUCGUUAGUAAAUAUAGAAAAAUGUAAGGGGCCUAGACAGCUGCCCUGGGGAAUUCCUGAUUCUACCUGGAUUUUGUUGGAGAGGCUUCCAUUAAAGAACACCCUCUGUGUUCUGUUAGACAGGUAACCCUUUAUCCACAAUAGAGCAGGGGGUGUAAAGCCAUAACACAUACGUUUUUCCAGCAACAGACUACGAUGGAUAAUGUCAAAAGCCGCACUGAGGUCUAACAAAACAGCCCCCACAAUCUUUUUAUCAUACAUUUCUCUCAGCCAAUCAUCAGUCAUUUGUGUAAGUUCUGUGCUUGUUGAAUGUCCUUCCCUAUAAGCAUGCUGAAAGUCUGUUGUCAAUUUGUUUACUGUAAAAUAGCAUUGUAUCUGGUCAAACACCAUUUUCCCCAAAAGUUUACUAAGGGUUGGUAACAGGCUGAUUGGUCGGCUAUUUGAGCCAGUAAAGGGAGCUUUACUAUCCUUAGGUAGGGGAACUUUUGCUUCCCUCCAGGCCUGAGGGCACACACUUUCUAGUAGGCUUAAAUUGAAGAUUUAAGAAGAUAUGGCAAAUAGGAGUGGCAAUAUCAUCCGCUGUUAUCCUCAGUAAUUUUCCAUCCAAGUUGUCAGACCCCGGUGGCUUGUCAUUGUUGAUAGACAACAAUACUUUCUUCACCUCUUCCACACUUACUUUAUGGAAUUCAAAAUUACAAUGCUUGUCUUUCAUAAUUUGGUCAGAUAUACUUGGAUGUGUAGCGUUUGUUGCUGGCAUGUCAUACCUAAAUUUGCUAAUCUUGCCAAUGAAAAAAUCAUUAAAGUAGUUGGCAAUAUCAGUGGGUUUUGUUAUGAAUGAGCCAUCUGAUUCAAUGAAUGAUGGAGCGGAGUUUGCCUUUUUGCCCAAAAUGUCAUUUAAGGUGCUCCAAAGCUUUUUACUAUCAUUCUUUAUGUAAUUUAUCUUUGUUUCAUAGUGUAGUUUCUUCUUCUUUUUAUUCAGUUUAGUCACAUGAUUUUUUGCAGUACGUUUUUCAAUUCUUCAUCAAUCUACGGGGAUUUAACAAUUUUUACAGCAAUUUUCUUAAUGGGGGCAUGCUUAUUAGUAACUGGGAUAAGCAAUUUCAUAAAUGUUUUAAGUGCAGCGUCUGGUUGCUCCUCAUUACACACCACGGACCAACAAAUAUUUUGUACAUCAACAACAUAGGAAUCACUACAAAACUUAUUGUAUGACCUCAUACACUAUAUUAGGCCCAGCCUUUGGAACUUUGGUUUUCCUAGAUAUGGCUACUAUAUUGUGAUCACUACAUCCGAUGGAUUUGGAUACUGCUUUCGAACAAAAUUCUGCAGCAUUAGUAAAGAUGUGAUCAAUACAUGUUGAUGAUUCCAUUCCUGUGCUGUGUGUGUGUACGUAAUAAUUUUUUUGUCUCAGUUGUGAAAUGUGUGUUUCUGAAGUGUGUGUGUGACGUGUGUGUGUGUGUGUGUGUGUGUGUGACAUGCGCGUAUGUGUCAUUUAUUUUAAGCACAGACAUUAAACAUAUCUGAUACAUACAUGACAGUUCACUGCUCUCUUCUCCAUCUAGCUAAUGCUCAGGACUAUCAGUGGAUUGGACUCAAUGACAAGGUCGUGCAGAAUGAGUUCCGCUGGACAGAUGGCAGUCCAUUGGUGAGUUUUUCUUUAGUCCAGUUCAGGUAUCCCCUCUUAUCGCCUCUCCUCUUAUCACCUACUUUACUUUGAUUUUAUGUGCUUUGAAAUGGGAAAUGCUCUCUACAAAUGAAAUAUAACAAUAACAAGAAGAAGAAGACAAAGAAGCAGAAGAAGAAUUUAAAAUGAGCAUUUGACUUGUUAAUUCCAUUUGGUCCACUUUUCUAAUCUAACAGUUCUAUUUUGAUGUGUUCGCAUGCAGGAAUUUGAGAACUGGAGGCCCAACCAGCCGGAUAACUACUUUAACUCUGGAGAGGACUGUGUGGUGAUGAUCUGGCACGAGAACGGCCAGUGGAACGACGUGCCCUGCAACUACCACCUGCCCUUCACCUGCAAGAGUGGACCUGGUAGGAGAAGGGUUUAGGGGUUGAGGUUCAGAGGGCACAGCACAUUCAUUGGGUCAGCUGUCAGUCACUGAGCCAACAGGACAGAGAAAUAUCGCUAGCCUUGCUUUUUUAAAUAUAGGGAUGUCCGGAGGUGCUAGUCAUGACUAUGCACCAAUCAGGGUUAAUCAAGUGUUAAAUCAAGUGUUAUAGCUGCAAUAUGUAACUUUUUGGGCGACACUGACCAAAAUCCCAUAGAAAUGUGAGUUAUAGAUCUGUCAUUCUCAUUAAAAGCAAGUCUAAGAAGCGGUAGAUCUGUUCUAUGUGCUCUAUUUCUAUGUUUCCUAUUCUUAAGUUUCGUUUUUGCGUCUUUUACUUUUGGUUUUGUACACCAGCUUCAAACAGUUGAAAAUACAAUAUUUUGGGUUAAUUGAAAAUAUAUUUUACAGUGGUUUGGAUGGUACAAUGGUUAUCUACACUAUACAUUGCUUGUUUUGUCAUUUAAACUGAAUUUAGGAGAACUGUGUUUUAAACCUAAUUGUUACCCACAAAAACCUUAUUGUUGGCCCUCUCACUUUUUGUAGGAAACACAUGGGCAGAAGGAGAUCUUGGCUAAUUCUUCUGGUUUCCCCUUUCUUCCCAGUCAUGUGCCACUCGCCCCCAGAGGUGGACAACGCCAGACCGAUGGGCAGCAGAAGAGACCGUUACCCCGUCAACUCUAUAGUCCGCUACCAGUGUGACGCAGGCUUCACACAGCGCCACCCACCUGUUGUACGCUGCCUUCCCGACGGGCGGUGGGAGGAGCCUCAAGCGGAGUGCAUAGAACGUGAGUCUGACCUGCUCCUUGUUAAGUCACUGGUGUCUCGUCCACUUCCAUCCGAGAUCAGCGUCUAAUAACCUUGCAAAUAACAUCACACAUACUGACAGAGUAACAACACAGGAGAUAUAGACAUCAUGAGAAAUAACAGGACAUCUCUAGGGAAACAAACCAAUAACAUUACAGUAAAGUACGCGAGAUACGAGACACUAUGGCAGGCAAACUCAAAUCUCAACUUCGAAGCCAGUUCCAUUGCUGAUGUUCAUUCUUCCCCUGUAAUCAGGGACUGAUUUAGACCUGGGACACCAGGUGGGUGCAAUUCGUUAUCAGGUGGGCCAGAAAAUCGGCAGCCUGACUCCCGAGUGGCGCAGUGGUCUAAGGCACUGCAUCGCAGUGCUAGCUGUGCCACUAGAGAUCCUGGUUCGAGUCCAGGCUCUGUUGCAGCCGGCUGCGACCGGGAGACCCAUGGGCGGCGCACAAUUGGUCCAGCGUCGUCCAAGGUAGGGGAGGGUUUGGCCGGCAGGGAUGUGGGUUCGUUUCCCACGGGGGGCCAGUAUAAAUGAGAACUUGUUCUCAACUGGCUUACCUGGUUAAAUAAAGGUAAAAAAAAAAAAAUUAAAUAAAAAAAAAAAAACAUGUACGCAUUCACUAACUGUAAGUCGCUCUGGAUGAGAGCGUCUGCUAAAUGACUAAAAUGUAAAUGUAAAUGUACUCCGAGUCCGAACCUCCAGGCUCAGAUUUGACCCAAUGGAAUUUCCUUAUUAUUUUCCUUUGACGGUUAUUCAGCAAUAUUUUGAUGAUGUCAUCUCUCCCUCAGCCGGCGCCACCCCCAGCAACAGACUACGCAAGACGGCCACCAGGAGACGGUCUAAAACAGCCGACAGUCGGUCACGGAGGAAGCUCCUCUAA